AUGGUCCAGCAAGCAGGGGAGGGAUCCCUUUCCCUCGCACAUUGGGAAGCCCAGUGGCAGCAGUUCCUCAGGACUUUGGAAAACCCUCACUCUCCAUGGGGAAUCCCACGUUUACCAGAUAAACCUUCACACUGGGAAGAUGCCAAGGCCUUUCUGGCCUCCUUUGAGCAGGUAGCUGAAGCCUGUCAGUGGCCCCAGAAAGAGUGGGUGACCCGACUCCUGCCAGCCCUCAGGGGGGAAGCAGAGCAUGCCUUCAGCAGGCUGGAUGUCAGAGACAAAGAAGAUUAUGGGAAGGUGAAGGCAGCCAUCUUGCUGGGGGAAGCCAUGAGCCAAGAGAAGCAGCGUCAGCAGUUCAGGUGCUUCUGCUACCAGGAGGCUGAGGGGCCACGCGGGGCUUAUAGCCGACUGCGGGAAAUGUGCCGUGGGUGGCUGAGAGUGGAGAAUCACAGCAAGGAGCAGAUCCUGGAGCUCUUGAUCCUGGAGCAGCUGUUGAGCAUCCUGCCACUGGAGAUCCAAAGCCGGGUGCCCUUGGAGGAGGAGACUGGGAAUGUCUCCAAGGCAAGCCAGGCUCUGCCUGAGGGUGAGUUGAGGCAGCUUUCCAUCGGUGUCAAAGAAGAGGAGGAUGGAGAGGCCAGUCGGCUGGGAGAUGUGCAGGAGAAUGAAAAUAAUGGGGGACUGCAGGUGUCAUUGUCAGGAAAAUGCAAGAAUGGAAAUAUAAAAGGAAACUUCGGGAAUCAACAUGAACAAAAGAGGCAGGAUGGAAGUAGCUUAGUGGAGAGGAGGGAUAAUCCCAUUCCUUGCCAAGGAGGGCACUUCCAGGAAUUCGCAGUCCAGCAAGAAAAGCCACCACAAACGAGAGAGAACCUCAGUGCUCAGCUGAGAAUUACCACCAAGGAAAAACCAAAGGAUAGUGUGGAGUUUGGGAAGAACUUCAGUCAGAGCAUGAACUUUAUUUCACAUCAACAGAUUCACCCAGGAGGGAAACAGUAUAACUGCUCAGUGUACAGAGAGAGCUUCAGUAGGAGAACAGUUCUUACUUCACAUCAAAGAAUUCAUACAAGGGAAGAGCCCCCAAAAGUCCCAGAAUAUGAAAACAGCUGCAGCGGGAGAUCGCACCAACAACAGCAUCAGAUAAUUCACACAGGAAAGAAACGGUAUCAGUGCACAGAGGCUGAAAAGACCUUCAGCAAUCGUGUAAGCCUUACUGUGCAACGACGAACAUACACUGAAGAGAAAAGGUAUAAAUGCCCAGAGUGUGGAAAGAGGUUUCAGUGGGCAUCACUCCUUCGGCAACAUCACAUAAUCCACACAGAGGAGAGACCCUAUCGAUGUUCAGAGUGCGGGAAGGCCUUCCGUCACCGCAAAAGCCUCACUGUGCAUCGAAGAAUACACACAGGGGAGAGACCUUACAAAUGUUCAGAGUGUGGAAAGACGUUUAGUCAGACAUCAUCCCUACAGCAACAUCAAAGAACCCACACAGGUGAAAAACCCUAUGAGUGCUCAGAGUACUGUGGAAAGAAAUUUGGUUUAAGUUCCCACCUUCUAUGCCACCAAAGGAUCCAUACAGGGGAGAAACCGUAUCAGUGCUCAGAGUGUGGAAAGAGCUGUGUGAGUGGGAGCACCUUUUCACAGUUGGGAGUGACCCAAUAG